AUGUCACAACUUCAAGAAGUGGAACUCAACCUCACUUACAAUGAGCUAUGGUUUGUCACCAACUCACGACCUCUCCGCUGCCGUCAGUCCAAUGCCGCGAAAGCCGCGAGCAACCUCUGUCCCAUUGCCGAAGAGCAUGUCGACAUCUUACAGAUACUUCCCUCGUCGGAUACAACGAGUCCAGUAAACACUCGGUCUGCCGCAAAUAUUUUAUAG